AAUCCUCCAAUAAGAAUAAAGUCCCCUCCGGCCAACGUCCCAAUUUUGCACUCUAGGAUUUAGAAACCCCUUUCCCCCGGCAUAUCUUUUCUUUGGAAUUUUGCGGUCAGGGUUCUAAGAACUCUAGGCUAUAUUACUGGAAUCCAUGCGAAUAUAUUUGAGCUGCAUGCGAGGGCCGGGGCCAAUUUAACACGGAGCAGAAGACCAAGCGCCUGGAUGGGCAAUUAAGGUUGCUGGGACUUCAGGAACCGCUGUAAAUCCUUUGCAUAUAGGGUCUCCUCUGCCCUUGUUGUUAUCCUUCCUUGGGGCACCCAUCGUCGUCAUUCAACUCUUUGACCUGACAGGGAACCAUCUUGACACAACUCAAUCUCGGUGCACGACCGCAAUAGCCUUAUUCUUAUCGGCUCGAUUCCCUAAAGUUGAAAUACCAUCAAUGGCUCUUCGAACUCUCCUCUAUGCCUCAAUGGCAGGCCACUCCCGGCCGCAACUCUGCCUCCCUCAAAGCCGUAGCUGUGAACACUCAGUGCGGAAGUGCACCAACCUGGCUCGAUCUCGAGGGAUCGACUCUGUUCUGCGUGGAUGAAGGAUUCUCGACCCCAAAUGCAUCUGUCAACACGCUCACUAUCAGCGCCGAUGGGAGUCUCAAGGCGGCUUCCAAGGUCGAUACAAUCCAGGGUCCCGUCUCAGAUCAGAUAUACAACGACGGCAAAGCACUAGCCUUAGCGCACUAUGGAGGAUCCGCCGUAUCGACUUACAAGCUUAGCACCGUAGGUGGACUCACUCCGCUCCAGAAUUUCGUUUUCAGCACACCUCCAGGACCACGGCCAGAACAGGAAGCAUCGCAUGUCCAUGAGGCGAUCAUUGAUCCCACAAAGGAGUAUCUUUUCUUCCCUGACUUGGGAGCUGAUGUUGUCCGCAUUUACAAAAUCGAUCCGGCGACUUCUCUACUCACGGAACAACCGUCUUUGAAGGCGGACGCUGCUUCCGGUCCGCGUCACGCCGUAUUCUGGUCGCCCUCAGGCAUGUCCUACGGCAGAAAGCCCGUCUAUCUCUUCGUCAUCCAUGAGCUCGCCAACAAGAUCGUCAGCUGGAAAGUCAACUACGCCACAUCCGGAUUGACCUUCACGCGCAUCCAAGAUAUCGGACUCUACGGCACCACGCCGCAACCAAACGGCACCCGUGCUGCUGAAAUCGUUGUGUCGCCUGACAACCGCUUUAUCAUCUCGUCCAACCGCAAUGCUACCAUAUUCAGCGUUCCUAACCCCGACCCAUCAAAUUCAACAAAGAUCCCUUCGGAUUCACUGACGACCUUUACUCCGAGCGAAGACGGCAAGUUGACGUUCCAGAGCCUUUCGCCAAGCGGUGGAAGUUUCCCGAGACAUUUUAGCUUGAAUAAAGAUGGCUCAAUGGUUGCAGUAGGAAACCAGAAUUCUGGCUCCGUAGUUGUGUGGAUGCGGGAUGUGAAGACGGGAAAAUUUGGAGACAGGGUCGCGACGGCGGAGAACUUGGGCCAGGUGACGAAUGUGAUUUGGGAUGAGCGAAAGUGA